CAACGUUCACACGCCCAUGUCGAAUAGACCCUGGUUCUUCUCCUCUUUUUCAACUCUUCCUUCACUGUCAUUUCAAUUGUUUCCUUACUUUUUACAUUUCUUUCAAACUUUGCUGCCUCAUCCAACCAUGUUUUCCAUUCAAACUUCCAAAGGCAAAGUUUCGUUCCCACGUUUUAUUGGUCCCUUCAUUAAUGGCAAGUUCCAGCCCACAGUUGCAAGCUCACCUGCUCAACGUCAGCUCUUCAACCCAUGCACAGAGGAGCUGCUUGAGACCGUUCAAGAGGCCAGCCCUGAGGAUGUUGAUGUAGCCGUCAAGUCUGCACAAGCCGCACUCAAGGGUCCAUGGAAAAACUUUACGGGCCGUAAACGUCGCAACGUCCUUCUCGAUAUUGCUUCAGCCAUUGAGAAAAAUAUGUGGGAGUUGACGGUCCUUGAGGCUGCCUGUGGUAAGCCGAUUGGGGAAGCCAAGAUCGAUAUCGAAGAUUCGAUCGAGUGUUUCCGCUACUUCGCAGGUCAUGCUGACAAGAUCCACGGAGAUAGCUACCCAACUGAGGAGAACUAUAAAACCUACACUAUUAAAAAGCCCGUCGGCGUUUGUGGGUUGAUCACUGCAUUCAACUAUCCACUUAUGUUGGCCGCUUGGAAGAUUGCCCCAGCUCUAGCCUGUGGCAAUACCAUCAUUCUCAAGCCAGCGCCACAGACCCCACUUUCCUCGCUCGUGCUUGGGAAGCUCAUCGCAGAUCACACAGAUCUGCCUCCAGGAGUUUUCAAUGUCUUACCUGGUGGGGAUGCUGUCGGAGCAGCGAUCAUUAACCACAAGGGUAUCAACAAAUGUAGCUUCACAGGCUCAGGCAAUGUGGGCCGCAAAGUUAUGGCAGCAUCUGCCGAGAGCAAUUUGAAGCCUGUCACCCUUGAACUCGGCGGAAAGAGUCCGGUAAUCAUCUUUGCGGAUGCUGAUUUGGACAAGGCUGUUGAAGAAGUCUUUGGAGGUAUCUAUUCCAAUAUGGGCCAGAAUUGCUGCGCAGGCUCAAGACUCUUCUUGGAGGAAGGUAUCGAGAAGGACUUUUUGGCCAAACUCAAGGCCCGUAUCGAGAAAGUAAAGAUUGGCAACUCGCUAGACGAAGCAUACGAUUUUGGUACUGUGGUGGAUCGUGUGCAGUUUGAUAGGGUUAUGGGCCUUAUUGAGAAGGGAAAGAGUGAGGGCAAGGCCGAACUAUUCCAUGGAGGCAAGCGAUAUGGCGAUAAAGGCUACUUUAUCGAGCCUACUAUUUUCCGUAACGUUGAUGAUUCAUCAAUUAUUUCCAAGGAAGAGAUUUUUGGCCCGGUCCUUUCGGUGAUGAAGCCUUUCAAAACGAUUGAGGAAGCCUUGGAGCGUGCAAAUGCCACGCCUUAUGGCUUGGCAUCAGGUGUAUGGACCAGAGAUGCAAGCAAGGCAGAACGCUGCGUUCAGGAGCUUGAGGCAGGAGUGACAUGGGUCAACUGCUAUAACUUGCUUAUGACCCACGUGCCUUUUGGUGGAGUAAAGGAGAGUGGCAUUGGCAAAGAUCUCGGAGCAGAAGCCUUGAGAGCGUACCAGACAACUAAAGGUGUUAUGGAGCGUGUUUGGAUCUCUUAAGGAGAAAGCUUUUGUAUAUGCUGAAGAUGGUUGUUAUACACAUUUACUGAAUUCGCCCAUAAUCACCAUUGAGGGAAAA